GUCUGCGCCUGCGCGGGCGCCGGCUUGCGGUCUAGCUCGUUCGCUCGCGGUCCUGCGGGACGCCGGGGGCGAUGGGUUGGGGAAAUGGACGCCUGGAGAACGGAAAUCCAAUUAUCAAAAUUGACUCCAGAAGAGAGAACCUAACAGACUAAUAACAAUGGAAGAAAUUGGGAAAGUUAUCAAAAAACUGUCAUCCGGCAAAACACCAAGCCCAGAUGGUGUUACAGGUUAAAAAAAAUUCUUCAUGAAGAAUAAAAAUCUGAAGCAACAUGAUGGAUUCAGAAGCUCAUGAAAAGAGGCCACCAAUUCUAAAAUCUUCAAAACAAGAUGUAUCACCUCACAUUACAAAUGUCAGUGAAAUGAAGCAUUACUUGUGUGGCUGCUGUGCAGCUUUCAACAACGUAGCGAUCACAUUUCCUGUUCAGAAGGUCCUUUUUCGGCAGCAGCUAUAUGGCAUCAAAACCCGGGAUGCGGUACUUCAGUUGAGGAGGGAUGGAUUUCGAAACUUAUAUCGCGGAAUCCUUCCCCCGUUAAUGCAGAAAACAACUACACUGGCACUUAUGUUUGGUAUGUAUGAGGAUUUAUCCUGCCUUCUCCGCAAGCAUGUCAGUGCUCCAGAGUUUGCAACCCGCAGUGUGGCCGCAGUACUGGCAGGGACAACAGAAGCAAUUUUCACUCCAUUAGAAAGAGUUCAGACAUUGCUUCAAGACCACAAGCAUCAUGACAAAUUUACAAACACUUAUCAGGCUUUCAAGGCACUGAGAUGCCAUGGAAUUGGAGAGUAUUAUCGAGGCUUGGUGCCCAUUCUUUUCCGCAAUGGACUCAGCAAUGUCUUUUUUUUUGGCCUUCGAGGUCCCAUUAAGGAGCAUCUGCCUACUGCAACGACUCACAGUGCUCAUUUGGUCAACGAUUUUAUCUGUGGAGGUCUUUUGGGUGCCAUGUUGGGAUUCUUAUUUUUUCCAAUUAAUGUUGUAAAAACUCGCAUACAGUCUCAGAUUGGUGGGGAAUUUCAGUCUUUCCCCAAGGUUUUCAAAAAAAUCUGGCUAGAACGGGACAGGAAACUGACAAAUCUUUUCAGGGGUGCCCAUCUGAAUUACCAUCGGUCCCUCAUCUCUUGGGGCAUAAUCAAUGCAACUUAUGAGUUCUUGUUAAAGGUUAUAUGAAAAAAAUCAUCAGUUAAGUGCCAUUUAUCAACUGAAUGCCUAAGAAGAAUGCAGUUUGGCCUCUUUCCUAAUUGGCCAACUACAAGUUGGUGUCUUAAGUCCAGGCCACAGUGAGUUACGGCCAAAGCUGUUUUCCUUAAGCAUCAACAAAAACAGAAUAAAAGGUUUCAUUAGGAAAGUUUAAGGGUUUUUUUGUUUUGUUUUGCUUUUUUAAAAUCAUUAUCUAAGAACUGUAGGCCAAUUACUUGCUAAAUAGCUGUCCAUCUGAUGGCCUUUGACAGGGAACCUAAUACCCAAGAUAUGAUUCCUUUUCUCAAAAUAGUCUUUAAACCUUCUGCAUUGGAACACACGUGGCCAGGACCAGCCAGGGAAAAGGCCCUUAAGGCCCCGGGAUUUCUCAAGCUUACUUUGUUACUCCAUGUGUUGCUUCUCUGCUCUCAGCAGUUACAAUGGGUAGUCUUUAUCAAACUCAAGCAUAUGACAAAGGGGCAGAACUGAAGAGAAACAGCUUAUUAGGUAUAGACUUUUCAUGAUAAAUUGCUUGUACUGGUUUUAAAACUAAGCACCUGUUGCAUAGUCAUUAUCUGUACCAUUUCCAUUUCGACGUGGUAGAAUCAAGCAGCUAACGAAAGUUCCCAUUUUGCUUUCUUGGUUUGAAAGUUUUCUGUUUAAUUCUGAAUGUGAUCUUCAACCUUCCAAAGUAUACUUAGGUUAAUUUCACUUAUUUCAUUGCCAAAAGAUGGAGGGAUAUAGGUUAUUUUUGUUACAGGUCUUUCAUUCUUUUAAGAAGUUUCAUGUUGCAUGUAGAGAUCAAACUCUAAUUAGCUUGGUUUCUUUGAAUAAUUGGUGCCAAUUUAGCAAAGGGCUUUGCGAUAUUUUUUCCAUUUAGUUUUAUGUCCUAUUCAAGCAUCCCGUUCUCUUGAAACUCUCCUUUUAAAAUAAACACUUCCAUAAAAUUUUAUUUUAGAAGUUUAUUAAUGCAAUCCCAGAUUCCCCCCAGUUUCUAAAUGUUAUAGAGCGAGGGGAAAGACUCAGGAUAGCUUUCACUCCACAUUAUUAGCUGUCUUUUAUUUUACUCUUGGAAGUAAAGACUUCUUUAGGAUUUUGACAUUUUGGGAACCCAGUUUACCGUUGUGUCACUUAAACAAUAAGAUAGUUUGAGAGCAUAUGCUCUACAGACAUUGGAGGGGUUAUUCUGUAUUCUAGAAGUGAUAGUAGCCAGAUCACAUACUCAUCCCUUACUUAACAAAAGCUUACUUGUCAAAAGAAUCAGAAAAUAACUAAGAUAUUUUUUCAAGAUAAGGCAAAAUGACUCAGACACCAAUUAAAUAACUAAUGAAGAAUAAGAAAUAACCUGGAAAAGUGGUUUAUGAAUCCUUUAAAAGCCCCAAUCUGUAAAUACUGUGUAGUUAAGAUUGUUUUCCAGCUUCUGACAUGACAGUAGGUCUCUUAUUAACUAGUUUUUUAUCUUUCUGGGUAAUUGCAUGUGAAUAUGUGCACUUACUGACCAAAAUAAACUCAGAGCCUCAACUGGUAGUUUACUCGAAGUUUCUGGGCAAAUAGUCCAAAAACACUGUUUACCUCUAAAUGCAGUAUGACUGGUUAAAUAAAGUGAAGAUCCUUCUUCCAACUGUAAAGGAUUAGGAGGCAUAUUAAGCAUUAGCUAGAGCUAGACAGUAAGGAAGCUAAAUAGCUGUAUAGCAGCUCUGUUUGACAAUGUUGUGCUGGAUAUAAUAGUUUAUUUUAAAUGAUUUAAAGUACUGACGUAGUGAUUUCAGAAAAAAAGAAUUCAACACCAAAUAAAUGUGAGUAGCAUCCUUUGGCCUAUUACAGAGUCAGGAUUUGAAGGGAAUUGAGUUUCAGAAACGAAGAAGGCACCUUGGUGCCUGACCACUCCCCCCUUCACGUGUGUGCCCCUGAGCACUCAUGGGCAUGUCUAGCUCUCAGGUGCGUUAGCCUGGAGUGGACUCCGUCGGGCUGCCUUCUGCUUUGCUUGCUUUCGUCUCAACACUCCAUGCAGGUGGUAGAAAUCGAAGUUCUAAAGCACUUUUGUGAAAUAGAAGUGAAGUGAGAAUUCUAACAAAAAGGCUUUGGUUUCUGCUGUCUCAAAUAAGUGGCAUUUAAAAAACAAUUAUUAGUAAAUAUUUUUAAUAGUUUUAACUCAGUUUUUUUUUUAUUUCAUUGUUACUUUUUACAGCUUUUGAAGACCAAACUGCAAAUACAUUACCAGAGAUGGUUUUGUGUUGCCCUGUAGACUUCUUAAAUUUGACAAAAAAAAUUGAACAGAACUUGUAACCAACAGCUUUGUCUGAACUUUAAGUCAAAAUGCAUUAUUAAGAAAUUCUAUUUUUACCUUCAGUGUGACUGCUGUGGUAAUAAUUUUGAAAAGGCAAACAUGACUGAAAAGCUUUAAAAGUGGCCUUUCUGUUACAUAUGUGGCACAAACAGCUCAUGAGCUCAAGACACUUAUGUGUCAUAUUUUUUGAUGCCACCAGAAAUGUUAUGGAUUCUGUACUUAACACAGAGUGGUAUGAGCCCUCAGGACUGCACCACAGACUAAACACAACCUUUAUAUGGUGGCAAAUUUGUGUCUUAUUUGUUUCAUUUGUGCUUAGAGAUGAAGUUGAUAUUUUUGUCUAAAUAGUUGAUAUUCAUCUUAAUAUGGUUGGCUCUGUAAUCACCUGCUAUAUAUUGUGAACUGUGCAAUAAAACACAAUUGUGUAUAUAUAGUUACCUUUGGAUACCUGAAGUUCCCAAGCUCAAUUACAAUGGUGAUGCUCACUAUAAGGCUGUGCAAAUAUGUAAGGGAAUGGUGGUAGUAGAGGGGAGAUAUGAAAUGGGAGCUAGAGGGCUUACUUCGGUGAAGCCAAUCAUGCUGAACGAAGGAGUAUGGCAGAAUGAGCGGUAUGCAGUCAUAAGAUGAAGGGUAGACAGAAGAAAAUGUGUGAAGAAACGGGAAGCUCUCAGAUUUGGUUUCUUUUAAAGUAUUUGUUUUCUCAUGUGCAAAUAAAUGCAUAUCAAAGACUUGAACAGGCAUUCUCUCUAAAUAUGAGAAUUUUUAGUUUUUAGUGCUUUUUGCUUAAUAUUAAAUAUUUGUUGCCUGAUGGUUCCCAAAUUAUAUGGGAGUCUCUACAUGUUUCCUCUUAAAAUUUCAUUUAAAAGUGGUUAAGCACAUGAAGCCAUUUUUGUUUGAUAUUUUGAGUUUUGUGACUAUGAGUUAAAUGAAAUCUGUUAAAUGUUUCAGAGUUAACAUACUUUUGGGUAAUUGUUUGGAAUAAAGUUUUUUAAACCAC